UUGUUCCUGGGAGCGGAACACGAGUAGGCGAGCCGCAUGCGCGUGGGGCAUCACCUCCAUUGAGAACUUCCAGCAUGGCUGCCAUUGGAGUGCACUUCGGAUAUACUUGCGCUUGUGCUGCGAUAUUUAAGGAUGGGCGAGCUGAUGUGGUGGCUAAUGAUGCAGGAGACAGAGUGACUCCAGCUGUUGUGGGCUACAGAGACACUGAGCAGAUUGUAGGUAUCGCAGCAAAGCAAGGACGGGUCCGCAACGCUGCCAACACGGUUGUUAAAGUGAAACAAGUGCUGGGCAGAAGCUUUGACGAUCCAGAGACACAAGCUCACAAAACAGAGACCAAGUGUCAGGUGGUCGACAGACAACAGAAGCCUUAUUAUGAGAUCACAGCAGGAGAACACCCACAAUAUAUCGCUCCAGAGGAUGUUGCAAAACUCAUCUUCCACAAAAUGAAAGAAACGGCUCAGUCGGCUCUUGGGUCUGAUGUCACCGAGGCGGUCAUCACUGUCCCUUUUGAGUUUGCACAGGCUCAGAAGCGUGCUCUGAGAGAGGCAGCUGAAGCUGCAGGCUUCCACGUGCUGAGGCUGAUCCACGAGCCUGCCGCGGCUCUGUUGGCCUACAACAUCGGACAGGACUGUCCUUCUGGAAAGAGCCAUGUCCUGGUGUAUAAGCUGGGAGGGACGUCCCUGAGUGUGACAGUGCUGCAGGUCAACGGAGGAAUGUUCCGGGUCCUCAACACCCACACUGACCACAGCAUCGGCGGAGAGAGAUUCACCGAGGCGUUGGCCCAGCACCUCGCCGCCGAGUUCAAACGCACCUAUAAGCACGAUGUGAGCACCAACGCCCGGGCGAUGAUGAAGCUGAUGAAUGGAGCGGACAUGGCCAAACACUCUCUGUCCUCGCUGGAGUCGGCCAACUGCUUCGUUGACUCGCUGCACGACGGCAUGGACUUUGACUGCAAUAUCUCGAGAGCUCGUUUUGAGCUGCUCUGCUCGGCACUCUUCAACAAGAGCAUCCAGCCAAUCAGACCCCUGCUGGAGAAGGCGGGACUCUCCACCAGCGACAUUAACCAGGUGGUCCUCUGCGGCGGCUCGGCCAGGAUCCCUCGCCUCCAGCAGAUGAUCCGCGAGAUGUUUCUCGACGUGGAGCUCCUCAGCUCGGCGCCUCCCGACGAGGUCAUUGCCGUGGGAGCGGCGCUGGAAGCAGGCCUGCUGGUUGGCAAAGAUGACCUCGCCCCCGAGGAAGAGUCCGUCACGGUGGAUGUAUCCGCCACGGACAUACUAGUGAAGGAGGUGAAUGAAUCCGGCACUGAGGUGUUCACCGUUCUCCUUCCGUCGGGCACGCCCCUCCCUGCCCGCAGACAUCACGUCCUGAGUGGAGGGGGGGAACUCUCCUCGUUCUGUCUGGAGAUUUACCAGAGAUCCCUCGCGGAGCAGCCCGAAAAGCUAGCCAAGAUUGUCUUAAGAAACCUGCAGCCCAGAGAGGAGAACCACGACAUUGAUGCUGUGGUGACCAUGAAAAGGGACGGCUCCGUUCACGUGUCCUGUGGAGAGCAGAACAGUGGAAGGCCAGAGGUCGUCACUAUAGCAGCUGCCGCAUCGUGAAGCUGCUGGUCUGCCGUCUAAAGCACACACCCCGUCAGUGCAAUGUUCUGUUUUGUUUCACUCAAUAAACAUAAUCAAACCAAAA